UCACCCAUGCCAGCAUUCACCAAUGGGUUAAUUCCCCUGCUGGCCAGCGGACAGGACCUCCCACCAAUAGUUCAAAGUUCUCCUUCCUCCCUUACCCUCUUGUCUUUUUUGUCCUGUCCGGGCCAGGGAAGGAUCUAUUUUUAAGAGAUUAAAGAAGAUACUAAUAGGAGGAUGAGAAUCGGUGCUGUGAAGCCUAGAAGCUCCCCUUGUAGGGGUCAGCAGGGGCUAACUUACGUAAUCAGGGCUCUCCUCCCGUGUUGCGGGUCAGGGAGUUCUGGGCAGCAUGGCAGCGACACUGUGGCUCUUGGCGUAUCCUCCCCCAUGGCGGGUUAGGUGAGUGCCAGAAACGCUGGGGGAAAGAAGCCGGCGUGAAGGAGAGGUAAGCCGUGUGUGCGCAUUAGCGCUGAGACGAAGGGCGGAUGUGACGUCAACAGAGGAAGUGGCCGGACGGCCAUCUUGGUUGAGGGCAUUAGCGUCCCUCGUAAGUGAGCGCGACUGGAACCGGAAGUGCGGCUUCUUGCCUGAGGGCAGCGUUUUGACCCGCGUGAGCCUAUGUGAUAACAAGGGGCAGAUAGGAAGAUAAUAUUGUUUUAUACAGAGUGCUGCCCCUUGAUUUAAACAGCAAACACUUCCUGUGGGUGCCAUUUGCUUCUCAGAAUCCUGAGCUUUCAAGGCAUCGAUACAGUUCACCAAUGGAACCUGGUAUGACGGGAAAAGCCUCUCACCCCAAAGGGAAAAGCCUUCCUGCCGCAGACGCUAAAAAAGACAAGUCUCCAGACAAAUCAACAGCCUCUGCAGAAAAACAACAGGAGCCUGGAACCUCUCUAUUAUCACAGGAAAAUCAGUUAUUUGCAGAAUCCUUGGCCUCAGUAAUUAAACAGGCAGUCAUACAGGGAUUUCAGGAGGUAUCGAGUUCUAAGAAGAGGACGAGACACUCUCAUGGAAGACAGGAGGAGCCUUUGUCUGAUAUUUCAGAAGGAGAUUUGUCAGAUGACUCGGAUGUGCUGUCUCAAGCAGGGUCGGAAGAGGGAGAAAUUGAGUCAGAGGAAGAAUCCUCUUUCGAUUUAGCAGUAAUUGAUCCGUUAAUUAAGGCAGUUAGGCAAACCCUAACCUUUCCUACAGAAUCAGCGAGGGUAUCGGCAGCGGAUAAAUUAUUUCCCUCUUCGAAGAAGCGAUCUGUGUGUUUUCCGGUGCACUCGUCUAUAAAAGAAAUUAUCCAGACGGAAUGGAAAAAGACAGAGAAAAGGGCUCAGACAGCAGGGAAAUUCGGAAAAAAGUAUCCCUUUGAUGAGCAGGACUCAAAGGCCUGGGAGUCUCCACCAAAGGUCGAUGCGGCUGUGGUUAGGUUGGCUAAGAAGACCACCUUACCGGUAGAUGAUGCGACAGUCUUUAAAGAACCAAUGGAGAAGAAGAUAGAAUUUAAUUUAAGAAAAGCCUUUGGAUCAGCAGGAGCAGCCUGUAAGCCAGCUGUGGCUUUAACAUCUGUAUCUAGAGCCUUGAAAGUGUGGCUGUCUGAGCUAGGAGAAGCUAUAUCAUCGAAUGUAAAAAGACCUAAACUGCUGGAGAUGUUAGCAGACUGCAGAAUGGCAACGGAGUUUAUUUCGGAAGCUUCAAUUGAUUUAGUGCAUUUUUCAGCUAGAUCUAUGGCGCUAUCCGUAGCAGCCAGGAGGGCACUAUGGCUAAAAUCUUGGGCAGCAGAUACGGCAUCAAAAGUAAACCUGUGUCAGUUACCUUUUGAAGGAGAGAUGUUAUUCGGAGAAAAACUGGAUGCUAUCAUUAAGAAGGUGUCGGGAGGUAAAAGUGUAUUUUUACUUCAAGAAAACCAAGCCAAGAAACCCCGCUUUGAGUCAAGCUAUAACAAGUCGAAAGAUAAGUCUUUUAGGGCCUCCAGACAGUAUAAGCCCGGGAGAGAAUAUUCCAGGCAAUCUUCCUGGAGAGCAGGUCGGCCAAGUUCCAGAGGCACAUCUAAGAGACCUGGGUUUUUUUCCACCACCCCUUCCACUUCAAAUCAACAAUGAAGGUGGCAAGGCCCAGAUCAUGGUGGGGGCAGACUAGCCGAAUUUUCUCAUGUCUGGGCCACGACUAUUCAGGACGUAUGGGUACAGAAAGUGGUUCAGUCAGGAUUUCUACUAGAAUUCAAAUCCGUACCCAGAAACAAUUUUUUCAUACAAUCCGUCGUCAAGGCGACAGAAUUGGACAGGAAGAUGGCUCAGGAUUAUUUGAACCAACUGUUCGAUUCAGGGGCAAUAGAAAUCGUCCCUCCUCUGGAAAGAGGCACAGGAUUCUAUUCAAAACUGUUCCUGGUAAAGAAAGCUUCGGGAGCGUUAAGACCAGUGUUGGACAUGAGAAAGCUGAACAGAUUUUUACAAGCAAAAAAAUUCAAGAUGGAAUCAUUGACGUCCAUCAUGCAAGCCGUCUCAGUGGGGGAUUGGCUAACGAGUAUAGAUUUGAAAGACGCUUACUUUCAUAUACCAAUUGCAGAGGUGCACAGAAAAUACCUAAGAUUCGCAUUAGAAGACGUGCAUGUGCAAUUCAGAUGUCUACCUUUUGGCCUAGCACAGUCUCCAAGAGUGUUCACAAAGGUUCUUGUGACACUCAUUGCGGAAUUAAGAAAAGAGGGAGUAUCAGUGUACCAUUAUUUGGACGAUAUUCUGGUAGUGGCAAGUUCAAGGACAGAGGCCGAAGUUCAUACUACCAAGGUAAAAGAGUUUAUGCUGAACCAUGGAUGGGUAGUGAAUCAAGAAAAAAGCAAUUUACUUCCCACCCAGUCUCUUCAAUACUUGGGAGCCCUCUUUCAGACAGAACAGAACAUGGUCAGCUUACCUCUAGACAGACAGCGCAAGGUGAGCGAGUUAAUAAUGGAUUUCAAAAGGAAAAGGACAGUCUCUGUGCAACAUUGCCUGAGGGUAAUAGGUUCUAUGGCGGCGACAAUUCAAAUUGUGAGGUGGGCAAGGUGGCAUUUAAGGCCCUUGCAGGUUUUUCUUAUAAGGAAGGUAAAGCAGCCUCACUUACAUUUGCAAGAAAGAGUGGUGGUUCCACUAGAGGUCAAAGAAACUCUGUCCUGGUGGUGCAAGCAGGAAAAUUUAGCAAGAGGAAUGCCGCUAGAAGAUCCACAGUGGGUGGUAGUGACCACCGAUGCGUCAAAUGUGGGGUGGGGAGCCCACAUAGGCGAAACGUUUAUUCAAGGCACUUGGAGGGCAGAGAAUGUGUCCUCAAAUAUUCUCGAAUUAAGAGCAAUAAGAAAGGCUCUUCGAACCUUCUCUCACCUACUAAAAGACAAACAAGUGAAAGUAAGAACAGACAAUACUACGGCAGUCGCUUAUAUUGCAAAGCAAGGAGGCACCAGGAGCAGAACGUUAUUGGAAGAGGUAAAGCCACUAUUUCAGUGGGCAGAAGAGUGGCUGGAAGGGUUAACCGCCAUUCACCUUCCAGGAAAAGAAAAUUGGAAAGCGGACUUCCUCAGCCGGUCAAUAAUAGAUCCGGGAGAGUGGAGCUUACACAUAGACAUUUUCGAAGAAAUCGUAGAGAAGUGGGGACAUCCAGACAUAGAUGUCAUGGCAACCCUACAGAACAGAAAAUGUCUUCGGUUCUUCUCAAGGUUCCCCUGCAGGGAUGCAGAGGCAGUAGAUGGCCUAAGUCAGAGUUGGUCAAAAGAUUUAAUUUAUGUCUUUCCUCCAU